GCUGCAGCUGCGGCCGCAGCGCCCCGCACCGAGAAGCUUGAGGCGGCUCCCGGCGUCGCCCAGAGGGAGCGACUGAGCAAACAGAAUCUGGUGCGGGCGGCGGCGGCGGCAGCGGCGGGCGGGCGGCGAGGGGGAGCCCGCUACGAGUGCCCUCGCUCCCCGCCGCUCUCCAUGAACCGGGCGAAAUAAGCCGCGCCUCCAGCAGGGGCUGCGCCUCCAUGAAUCCCUAGGUUUUUUUUUUUUUUUUUUCCUUUCUUUCCCCGCUCCUCACCCCCCACCCCGGGUCCGGUCCCGCCUUCUCCCUUCGCCAGCGGCGGCCGCGGCCAGGUGCGGAGUCCAAAGCGGAGCGCAAUGGCGUCCAACCCCGAACGGGGGGAGAUUCUGCUCACGGAGUUGCAGGGAGAUUCUCGAAGUCUUCCAUUUUCUGAGAAUGUGAGUGCUGUUCAAAAAUUAGACUUUUCAGAUACGAUGGUGCAACAGAAAUUGGAUGAUAUCAAGGAUCGAAUCAAGAGAGAAAUAAGGAAAGAACUGAAAAUCAAAGAAGGAGCUGAAAAUCUGAGGAAAGUCACAACAGAUAAAAAAAGUUUGGCUUACGUGGACAACAUUUUGAAAAAAUCAAAUAAAAAAUUAGAAGAACUGCAUCAUAAGCUACAGGAACUAAAUGCACAUAUUGUUGUUUCAGAUCCAGAAGAUGUUACAGAUUGCCCAAGGACUCCAGAUACUCCCAGCAGUGACCCUCGUUGUUCCACUAGCAAUAAUAGAUUGAUGGCCUUACAAAAACAAUUGGAUAUAGAACUUAAAGUAAAACAAGGUGCAGAGAACAUGAUACAGAUGUAUUCAAAUGGAUCUUCAAAGGAUCGGAAACUCCAUGGCACAGCUCAGCAGUUGCUCCAGGACAGCAAGACAAAAAUAGAAGUGAUACGCAUGCAGAUUCUUCAGGCAGUCCAGACCAAUGAAUUGGCUUUUGAUAAUGCAAAACCUGUCAUAAGUCCUCUUGAACUUCGGAUGGAAGAAUUAAGGCAUCAUUUUAGGAUAGAGUUUGCAGUAGCAGAAGGUGCAAAGAAUGUAAUGAAAUUACUUGGCUCAGGAAAAGUAACAGACAGAAAAGCACUUUCAGAAGCCCAAGCAAGAUUUAAUGAAUCAAGUCAGAAGUUGGACCUUUUAAAGUAUUCAUUAGAACAAAGAUUAAAUGAACUUCCCAAGAAUCAUCCCAAAAGCAGUAUUAUUAUUGAGGAGCUUUCACUUGUUGCAUCGCCAACACUAAGUCCACGUCAAAGUAUGAUAUCUACACAAAACCAGUAUAGUACACUAUCCAAACCAGCAGCACUAACAGGUACUUUGGAAGUUCGUCUUAUGGGCUGUCAAGAUAUUCUAGAGACAGUCCCUGGACGGUCAAAAGCAACAUCGGUUGCACUACCUGGUUGGAGUCCAAGUGAAACCAGAUCGUCUUUCAUGAGCAGAACAAGUAAAAGUAAAGGUGGAAGUAGUCGAAAUCUCCUAAAAACCGACGACUUAUCCAAUGAUGUCUGUGCAGUUUUGAAGCUAGAUAAUACUGUGGUUGGUCAAACGAGCUGGAAACCCAUUUCUAAUCAGUCAUGGGACCAGAAGUUUACACUGGAACUGGACAGGUCACGUGAACUGGAAAUUUCAGUUUAUUGGCGUGAUUGGCGAUCUCUGUGUGCUGUAAAAUUUCUGAGGUUAGAAGAUUUUUUAGACAACCAACGGCAUGGCAUGUGUCUCUAUUUGGAACCACAGGGUACUUUAUUUGCAGAGGUUACCUUUUUUAAUCCAGUUAUUGAAAGAAGACCUAAACUUCAAAGACAAAAGAAAAUUUUUUCAAAACAACAAGGCAAAACAUUUCUGAGAGCUCCUCAGAUGAAUAUUAAUAUUGCCACUUGGGGAAGGCUAGUGAGAAGAGCUAUUCCUACAGUAAAUCAUUCUGGCACCUUCAGCCCUCAAGCUCCUGUGCCGGCUACAGUGCCUGUGGUUGAUGUACGCAUCCCUGAACUAGCACCUCCCGUUAGUGAUUCUACAGUAACCAAAUUGGACUUUGAUCUUGAACAUGAACCUCCUCCGGCCCCACCACGUGAUUCUUCCCUUGGAGAAAUAGAUGAAUCUGCUAAAUUAAGAGAUUCGGAUACACCAGGACAGGAUUCAGAAACUGUCUUUGAUAUUGAGAAUGACAGAAAUAGCAUACUUCCGAAAUCUCCAUCUGAAUAUGAGCCUGAUACUCCUCAACCAGGCCUAGGAUACAGUGGUAUUCGAGAACUUGAGAAUAGAAGAUCUCAACCGAUGUUUCAGUUUAAUCUACAAGACUUCAGAUGUUGUGCUGUCUUGGGUAGAGGACAUUUUGGAAAGGUUCUUUUGGCUGAAUAUAAACACACAAAUGAGAUGUUUGCUAUAAAAGCCUUAAAGAAAGGAGACAUUGUGGCCCGAGAUGAAGUAGACAGCCUGAUGUGUGAAAAAAGAAUUUUUGAAACUGUGAAUAGUGUAAGACAUCCCUUUUUGGUGAACCUUUUUGCAUGUUUCCAAACCAAAGAGCAUGUUUGCUUUGUAAUGGAGUAUGCUGCCGGUGGGGACCUAAUGAUGCACAUUCAUACUGAUGUCUUUUCUGAACCAAGAGCUGUAUUCUAUGCUGCAUGUGUAGUUCUUGGGUUGCAGUACUUACAUGAACACAAAAUUGUUUAUAGAGAUUUGAAAUUGGAUAACUUAUUGCUAGAUACAGAGGGCUUUGUGAAAAUUGCUGAUUUUGGUCUUUGCAAAGAAGGAAUGGGAUAUGGAGAUAGAACAAGCACAUUUUGUGGCACUCCUGAAUUUCUUGCCCCAGAAGUAUUAACAGAAACAUCCUAUACAAGGGCUGUAGAUUGGUGGGGACUUGGAGUUCUUAUAUAUGAAAUGCUCGUUGGUGAGUCUCCCUUUCCUGGUGAUGAUGAAGAGGAGGUUUUUGACAGUAUUGUAAAUGAUGAAGUAAGGUAUCCAAGGUUCUUAUCUACAGAAGCCAUAUCAAUAAUGAGAAGGCUAUUAAGAAGAAAUCCUGAGCGGCGCCUUGGAGCUGGUGAAAAAGAUGCAGAGGAUGUAAAAAAGCACCCAUUUUUCCGGCUAAUUGAUUGGAGUGCUCUCAUGGACAAAAAAGUCAAGCCGCCAUUUGUACCUACCAUUAGAGGACGAGAAGAUGUUAGCAAUUUUGAUGAUGAAUUUACCUCAGAAGCACCUAUUCUGACUCCACCUCGAGAACCAAGGAUACUUUCAGAAGAGGAGCAAGAAAUGUUCAGAGAUUUUGACUACAUUGCUGAUUGGUGUUAAGUUCCUAGACACUGUGAAACCAAGCAAACUGACUCACAAGAAGACCUCUUAACAAUAGCAACCCUUCAUUUGCUCUCUGUGCCACCAGUAGCUUCUGAGUUUUUUGUUUAAACACAUGAAGAUUUCUUUAAAAGUACUAUUCUAAAACCUUCUUGAAAGUGGCUUCUUAAUGUAUUUUCAAUGUAAAUCUGAGCACUGGAAACAGUUUCAUGGAGUUUAAGUGGAGUGAACAUCGGCCAUGAAAACCUAUCACAAAUGAAUACUUUUGGAUCAGUAGUCUAUUUUUUAAAAAAA